AGUAAAGUUUCCCUUUAAAAUAGAAAAAGGACUAGUUCACGACCACCUAAUCCAUCGAAAAUUAGGUCAAUACAGUUUUGUAUGAACCCUGCAAACAACUCCUCCCCUUACACAAUAAUAUAAUAAUAAUAAGAGCACACAAAUGAGUGGCGGCGAUCUGAUAGCAGCAACAAGCAAAAGCAAAUUAGGGGAUGCCUUAAAAUCGAAAUAUAAAUGUUACGGUGAACCUGAUUUUACAACAAGAACCAACUAUUUGACUUCCCUUCAGGUAUUUGGGAACCCAGAUCUUGAAGAACAACAAAAAGAAGAUGACGACGAUGAACCUCAAUCCACCAGUUUCCGCCGGCAGAUUAUUAAGAAGAAAAUCACAAAUGCACUUAUGCUAAUGAGUUUUCGUGAGCCACAUGUGCUUGUUCAGUUUUGGUCGCCUAUUCAUGUCGGUAAGCGGUGCUUGCUGACAACUUUGGAUCAACCUUUUGGUCUUGGUAUUGUUGAUGAAGGGCUUUACCAGUAUAGGUCGAAGUCCGAGCAGCGUGUGUUGGUUGUGGACGAGGAACACAGGGAUGAACUAGCUCCCCCUGGUCGUGUUUAUUGCCAAAAGUUGCCAGAAUGGAGUUUGGACGUACAUAGUUUGUCUACCAGACAAUGUGUACAAGAUUAUGCUGCUUGCUCCAAUAUCCAUGGAUAUAUUAGUUUACCUGUAUUUGAACCUGCCAGUGGUUCCUGUGUAGGUGUACUCGAACUUAUAACAUCAUCAAGCUACGUUGAUUAUGCUUAUGAGGUUAGAGAAGUUUCGAGAGCAUUAAAGGAAGAGAAUCUGAAGUCCCCAAACGUGUUUGAGGAUACUAGAUUAUAUACACAGGUUGCAGAUGAAAGAAGACAAUAUGAACUGUAUGAAAUUUUUAUGGCUUUGAAGAUGGUUUGUGAGGAUCAGAAGUUACCUCUAGCUCAGACAUGGGCUUUGGCUGGAUACAGCAGUAUUGUGGCCACUUCUGGAAAUCUAGAGAAGGUCUGUAGUAGUUUCAAUAAAAGAUGCAUAGGGAAAGCCUGCAUGUCAACAUCUGGUCUACCAUUCUAUGUUCGGGACUUGAGCAUGUGGGGAUUCCAUGAAGCCUGCAAAGAGAGACACUUGGACAAAAGGCAAGGAGUUGUUGGGAGGUCAUUGUCAUCUCAUGGUUUAUGUUUCUGUGGAGAUGUAACGAAUCUCAGUGAAGACGAAUAUCCUCUGGGUCCGUAUGCGCGUGUGAAUGCGGUAGCUAGUAGUUUAGCUGUCUAUAUGAAAAGUCUUGAAACGGAUGUUGAAUAUGUUAUCGAGUUAUUUUUGCCACCGCAUAGCGAAAACGAGGCAGAUUUAGAAAGUGUGGUAAAAAGAUUGCUGAAAACAGUGAGGCAGCAGAUUAAGAAUGCCUCUAGGGUGCAAUUAGGUAGUAUGUCAUCCCCACAAGUCAUUGGGGGAAUUCCUCUUCAUUGGAACCCCGAAUCUUUAUCGGCUACCGAAAAAGGUAAGUCACCAACAAAGUCGGAUGAUGAACAGCCGUUGGUGGAGAAUGAACAUAAUGAUGUUGAUGUUCCGAUUUCAAAGAAUCAGAGUGAAGUUGCUUAUGUAGAGCAUGUGGAAGAGGAUAAUCUAAAAUUUAAGCCGUCUCAUUCUGCUGCUGCAGUAACAAACAAGAGUGUUGUUCCUUGUUUGGAGGUAGGGACUGAAAUUCUUGAUGAUAAUGCAUGGAAAGCAAGUAAAAAGUUUGAUAAUAAUGCUGAUAAACCAAGGAAAAAAAGGAAGAGAUCAGAGAAGACAAUUAGUCGCGAGGAAAUCAGCAAACAUUACGGUAAGACAAUGGAGGACGCUGCAGUUAGCCUUCGUGUUAGCAGAUCCACUUUAAAGCGCAUUUGCAGGAGUCAUGGUAUACCAAGGUGGCCAUAUAAGAACGGCCCUGAUAAGAAUGAUAUUCUUCCAAAGCAGGACCAAACAGUUGUAGCCAUCCAUGCAUCCGAAGAAGCACAAAUCCCGCUAAUUGGUGCUUUUGGUGAACCAUUAGAUAGAACGGAUAUAACUAUUGAACAUGGUAAGCAUAGUUCCACACUUGUACCCCAUCAACAGGAACAAACAGGUCUGCUUGAUCAUGCUGCAUUGCCUGACACAACCAUCAGAGAGAAAUAUAUCGAUAAUAUAGCAGUCAAUGCAACGGAAAAUGUGAUGAUUAAGGCAACAUACAGAGAGAAUACUUUGAAGUUUUCAUUCAACCUUUCUGAUGGAUUGGUAAAGUUGGAGGAGUUGGUUGCAACAAGGUUUCAGCUAAUAGUUGGAAGCUUUAGCCUCAAAUAUGUAGACGAAGAUGGUGACAUGAUAUUGAUUGCUUGUGAUAAUGACUUAAUGGCUUCACUGAGUGCUUUUAAACAACCAAACAUACAAACUCUGAUCAGACUAUUGGUUUGGCCGGUCGUCAAUCAGAACCCUGAAGCCUAGUCCUCAUUUUAUGAAACUUACAAGGUAUUAUUUUGUCAUUUUCAUAACAUGAGUUCGUACAUGUUUAGUUGACUCUAGCAUAGCAAUAGUGUCAUAGUAAAACUUGAAAAGGUGCCGGUUCUAUUUUGUAAAAAGAUCAUGAUCCGUAUUGAAGUUAAUUAGGCAGCUAGCUAGAUAAUGCAAUGAUUUUGGAU